AUGCCUUCUCUCCAAGCAUAUUGCCAGAAGCUAAAGGAAAUUGCUGGGCAAUUAGCUGAUGUUGAAAGCCCGGUAAACGAAAACCGUUUGGUCAUUCAGCUUGUUCGCGGACUCCCUCCGGAGUAUGACACUGUAGCCGCUCAACUCAACCAGUCACUCCCAUCUUGGGAGGUGGCUGUUAACUUGCUAGAUCUGGAAGAACGCCGUCAAUUGGCUCGAGAAACUCCACCAAUUGUCGCUGCCGCCAUUGAACCACCCCCACCCGCUCCUGCUAAUGACCAACAACCUCAACGUCGUGAUACCGGGCCACGUGGGCCAUCUAGGUUUUCCAGCCAGAACCGUCGUAACAAUGGGCCGAGACCCAACCGCAACAACAACAACAACACUCCGCAGCAAUCUCAGGCCCACGGUACAACAAACCCAAACCGUAAUGGACCCUGGAACAAUUCUCAGCCGUAUGGGCCUGCUCCUUCUCAUAACUUUGGACCUGCACCCUGGUGGGCCACCGCUUAUGGGCCACCUACGGGCUGGGCUCCUCCACCAUGUCUAUACCCAACCCAAUCGGGUUGGGCCACACCUUGGCAACAAUAA